AUGACCAUGGAUGCUCCACAGGGGUUUUUGUAUGAGUGGUGGCAGAUUUUCUGGGACGUUUUCAACGCCAGGACCCAGCGCGGCGGAACAUCGAACGCCACGCAGUACUAUCAGUAUGUGAACUUGAAACAGAAACAGGACCAUCUGAUGAGCCAGCAGGCGGCUGCUGUCGCCGCGGCCUCCUCCAUAAUCAAUGGAAACAGUUCAUCGUUGGCAGGAACUCCGGUGACUUCUGCGGCGCAAGACAUGGGUCUUUUGAUGCCUCAGCAGCAGCAACAGCAGCAGAACCAGAUGUCUCACCCGCCCCAGCAGGUGCAGAUUCCGCAACAGCAGCGGAUGAACGCCCGGAUGCAGCAGCAGCAGCCCCAGCAGCAGGGUCAGAACAUGCCUAUCCACCCCCAGGCCGCCGCGCAGGCCCAAAUGAACACGCUCAGGCAGCAGCAACUUGCGCAGCAGGCCCAAGCCGCACAGGUGGUGGCCCAGCGGGGGUCUCCGUCCAAGAGACAGCGACUGGACAGCAGUGGAAACAGCAGUGGCACGGAGUUGAACCAGGCCUCGUCGCCAACCAUAAACAUGAACUCUCAGCAACCCCAGCAGCAACAGCAGCAGCAACAACAACAACAACAACAACAGCAGCAACACCCUCCAAUGCCGUUGCCGCAGGGAAUGAUGAUUCCUAACCAGUUUGGCGUGCCCCAGCAGUAUGCGAUUUUCGCUGCGGCCCAGGCGUCCCACCAGGGCCAGCCCCAGCCGCAACCACAGCCGCAACCGCAGCCCCAGCAGAAGUACAACCAGUACAUGAUGCCAAACUUCCAGGGCCAGCACCAGCAGCAAAUGAUGAUGCCGCAGCAGUCUGUUCCGUUGCAACACGAGAACCAGCAGCAGCACCCUCCCCCACCUCCUCACCCGAUGCCGCAACACUCCCAGAACUUCUCCAACCCGAACGACUUCUUCCACAACAUGUCCAAGCAGAAUCCCGCGGCCAACAACAGAGUCAACGAUAAUGCUAUCAAGGACUACGAAAAACAGCUCCGGCUGAUGGAGUCGCAGAACAGGCGACGCCUGGACGUGCAUCGCACCACGCAGGGCGCGAAGGACCCCAACUCGCCGAACAAGACGCAGUUCGCGGACUACUCGGCGAUGCUAGGCCAGAUGCCACCUCAACAGCACGCGGGCCCGACUCUGAUGCCGCAGCAGCAGCGCGCACAGCAGCCGGCCAAGGUGUCGCCGCCGGGGAAGUCGCCCGCUAAUGGGUUCUCAGCAGCCGCCAACGGCAAGCCCAAGAAAGGUGCUCGAAAGACACGCAAAAACUCCAACUCUGUUCCGGCCACCCCACUCACUCCGGCCAACAACAACCAGACCCCCCAGCCAAACAUCCCGCCAACCCCCCAGAACACAACCCCCCAGCAAACCCCUCAGCCCGCCCAGGCCAAGAAGGGAGUCAAGCAGCGCAAAAACAGUAUUGCAACCCCAACCAUCAAGGAGGACGAGCCGUUCAUCCUCACCACCGCCGCAGACAAACAGCUCAACGGCUCUGCUGCCUCCAAGGCGCAGCCGCUGUCGGCAUCGUCGAACCUCGCCUCCGACGUGCCCAGCUCGGCGGUCAACGACCACGGCUCCUCGGCCUUCUUGCAUGAUUUCUCGUCUGCUUCCAACGACAUCUUUGAUUUCGAUUCUCUCUUGACGGCAGAUCAAGAGAACGCUGGAAAUUUGGGACUCAACGAAGUGUUCAACUGGGGAGAGUCCGUUGGCACUGGUGAUCUAUAG